AGGGAUGACUUCAAAAACCCAGAAGACUAAUUCGCCGCUAGUUCCCUCAAGAUUUUCUAUGGAGUUUUAUAAUGGUGUUUUUCAAUUUAUGAGUAAAAUAAAGCCUAUGGUAAACAUAAAAGUAAACUGAAGGCAUGAAGAAAUUAUUUUCACAGGAAAAAAAACAACAUUUUGAUGAUCAAAUAUGAGUUUUAAGGGAUAAAAUUAUUGACUGCAGGGGGACUUUAAAUAAGUUUUAUUAUAACAUAUUUGUCACUAUUAUGUUCAGUUUAGUUUAAUUUGUGGACUUUUAAUUUGUAUUUCUUCAGUUCCUGUUUUCCUUUGUUUGAUUUCCCACCAAUCUUUAGUUACUAUGGUCACCGUCAUUUUUCUUGUCUGUGGACUAUGUGGAAUACUGUGUGCCAAGAAGAGAACUGGACUGACUAUGAUCCUGUUUUCAGCCUGUUGCAUCUGUGGACUUAUUGGGGGAAUUCUCAACGUCCAGUUUGUGCGUGCAAUGGUGAAACGGACGAACAGCUUGUACUCUCUGCACCUGGUCUUCCUCUGCCUGGCCAGCCUGGGCAUCUUGGGCUGCACCCUCUCCACCUGGCUCACCUGCAGACUCGCCAGCAGUGAACAGAAAAGAAUGUUUCUGGAAAGGGAUCUGUCCCUGCAUCAUUCCGUGGAGAUGGGCGACAAGGAAGUUCCAGUGAAGCAUGCUAAGCACAACAGGAGCACCUCACUGCCAUAAAGCUUCCAACCAUCGGAUUUGCAUAGGUUUUUAUCAGAAAGACUCAUUUCAUUCUCUGUUCCAAUUACCAGGCUGUUUUCAAAGCACCUUGCAAAAUCGCUAAUCAAGGAUUUUGUGCUCUGAAAGGCAAAAUGCAAAAACAUUGCAGCCGCAGAAGGAAAACCUAUUGCUGUUACUUAAUAACUAAGGACAAGUAGGCUGGUCAAUGACCCUGUGAAUGGUUGCUGCUAAAAUUCGGAAUUUGCAAUACAACAGCGACAUCUGCUGGUGAAACGUGUCAGCACCUAAGUGGAGCACGAAGUGCCUAACAGCAGAAGAAGAAAGCAACCAGGGUCGACUUUUUAACGUGUGCUGAAUUGCCCUAUAUCGCAAUGGAAAGCGCUCGAGCGUAUUGUUGUUACAUUCUGGCUUCUUCGACUUUUAUAAUCACUGACACGUUUGAAACCCCUGUUGUUGAAACCUAUUGUAUAAAAGCAAAGGAAUAUGUGCUUUACCUUUUGUUUUGACCCCUUUCCCUUCCGCCAAGACCAUCAAGAAAUGGACCUUCAUAAUACCUUAAUAACUUUGUGUCUGUUUUAUGCUCUGAGAUCAAAGUAAUUAUCUCUCUAUAUGCAA